CACGCUUGACGGCAGCCCAAACCCAGUAGCAGUAGUUUUUCAUAUCACCUGUCAUCAUGUCGGUCGUUCAAGGCAACCCCGCAAAGGAAGAGCUCUUCGAAACCGUGUUUGAGAGGAUAGCCGGUCUCUCUGAGAUGUUCCCCGAGAGCGUGCGCAACGCCGCUGAUCGCGUGUCCUCCCUCGCCACCACCGCGGUUGGCACGACCUUCAACUUGGGUGGCAAGUUUGUCUGGGUGGUGGCCACUUCGGCCCUCGUCAUGUUUGUCCCCGUGGUGUACGAGGCGGAUCAGGCACCCCUGCGUUCCAAAUCAAAUCAGGGCUCACCAUGUGUCAUGACGCUACAGGACCAAUACCAGGAGCAGAUGCGUCAACAGCAGCAACAGAUUAUGAUGGGCAAGGCCCCCAUGGGUGGUCCCAACUACCAAGGCCCUGCCGUACCCGAUAUCGUCCCAAUACAAAUUACUUACGUGGCCCGUUAUUCGUCGUAGGCAUGGCGCCCGCUCCUCAGCUUGCCUAAAGAAAUCGCCUUUGAGAAAGAAAUGUCAUUCUCUUCUUUCCAGUGCCCCCUUUUCUUUUCUUUUUUGCUCUCCACAGGCCACUUGUUCCCCUAGCCCUGCCUGUGUUUUGUCGGGAGUGAGGCAAGGCUAGGGUAGGGCGAGGCCACUAUAUCUUCCCUUCUUCCUUUUUUUUUUUUCUUCUUUGCUCCCUUCAUUCCUUCAUUUUGUUGCGCCUUGCUUGGCGACUUGAGUCGUAGCCCGUGUCAAAGUGCACAACCGGCUAACCUUGUCAUGGCACGGCCUCGUUGUGUCCUGUCCCUUGACUUUUGAAUUGACUUUGGACCGG